AUGUCUUCGAUUAAGAAGGCCUCUUCUGAAGUGAGCCGGAUCGCAUCCGAUCUCGUCGACAAAAGCACCACAGAAGCCAUGAAACUGUACGGAGAGUUGAAAGUGAAAGGAGAGGAGGUUGUCAAAGAGAUUAACGCAAAAGAGGAGGAAGUGAAAAAGAAACCCAUCGAGUGUCUUCCUUGGGAACUUCCAGAAAUUCGAAACACCGAGUAUAGUAUCAUGUUGAAGGAUGAUACACUUCUGCUGUCUUUCGAUUCGAACACAUUUUUAAAAACGAUCGAUGGAUCGGAGGACGAGCGUUACUCUCCGGAAAAGAACGCUCCGCUCAUUGUGCUACUUCGAGGGCAGGACAAGAAUCUGCAAAAGGUUCGCUACGAAAUCGUGCAGAAGGAUGGCUUAAUUGACGAUGAUCAUUUCUGGAGAAACUAUCUCUUCCGCGUAUUCCAACUCACAGACCGCUAUCUCGCCAUUUGCAGGCAGGAAUCCAUUCCAGUCGCGGAGGUGGUCCAGACGAAGUCUUCCGCAUCGGAGACUCCGCUCAUUGCUGCAAACGAUUCCGGACAAAAUGUAGAAUUGAAUGCGAAUCAGAGCGCGGAGCCGAAAGAGACUUUGGAAAUUAAUGGGAAUGCCAAUGCGGCUUUGGAGGAAAAGGCAGCGACGACAGCAGUGGAGGAGGAGCAGGAGGCCGAGGCAUUGCAGAGUCAGCCAAAUGGAGAGGAAAACGGAGGGGAAGGGAAGACGGAGGAAGCGAUCCAACCGGUCGAAAGCACGAUUCCCGAGGUGGUGCACACCGUGGAUGAUAUUUACGAUUUCGAUGAUAUUAGCGAUAUUGAGAAGGAGAUUGGUGAGAUUGAUUUGGAGGAUGUGGACAUGGACGAUCUUGGUGAUAUAGAUAAGGAAAUUCUCUCUGAAUUGUAA